AUGAUCCAGAACUCGACCCCAACAGACCCCCCCCAGCCCCCCACGAGGGCCGUCGACCGCCCUGUCCCCCGUCAUGGCAAGCGUGAUGCUCCCAAGGAGCCCAUCGACCAGCCCCGUCUCUCGGAGUCCAACGCCCGCCGUGGUGGCCGCGUGACCGGCGGUAACGAGGCUGCUUUCCGUGACCGCAACGCUGGUCGCAUCAACAACCGCCAGAAGCCCACUGACGAGGCUGCUCCUCCCUCGCGACGUGGUGAGCGCAGCGGCCGUGGCCGUGGCGACCGCCAGUCUCGCACUGGUCAGACCGACACCCGCAAGCAAGUCCAGCAGGGCUGGGGUGCCGACAGCGGCGAGAAGACUUGGGAUGACGAGCGUCAGGCCGAGAACAUCGCCAAGGACGACGAGACCGCCCCCCAGACUCCGGCCGAUGAGGAGGCCAAGGAGCUGGUCGACAACUCCAAGUCUUACAGCGACUACCUUGCCGAGCAAGCCCAGAAGGAUACUCUGGCUGCCAAGCCCGUCCGUGCCGCCAACGAGGGCUCCAAGGCCGACAAGAAGUGGGCCGAGGCCAAGGAGCUGAAGCGUGGCGAGGGAGAGGACUCCUACAUCCAGGCCACCCAGGAGAAGACCAAGCGUGAGAAGCAGCGCAAGGAGAAGAACUUCCUGGACGUCGACCUGCGCUUCGUCGAGCAGCCCCGCAGCGGCCCCUCCAACGGACCCCGUGGUGGCCGUGGCGGCCGUGGCAGUGACCGCCCUCGUGGUGGUGACCGUGGCCGUGCUGGCCCCCGUGGUGGUGCUCCCCGCGGUGGUGGUGCUCCCCGCGAUGGUGGUGCUCCCCGUGGCGGCCGCGGCGGCCCCCGUGGCCCCGCCGGCCCGACCGUCGACGAGAAGAACUUCCCCAGCCUCGGCGGCAACUAA